UGCCUGUUAUUGUUUACGGUCACACUGAUGUUAAAGUAGGUCAUGGAAAAAGGAAGCUCAUUCAGUUGUCGUGUAUUAACCACUUAGGAAUAGUGAACUCUGUGGUGCUGUCAGUGAUUUUCCGUGGACGCUGGUUGUGAACAACAGGCAGCAGCUGGACUGAUGCUGUUCUUCAAACAUCUGGCCUGAAACUGAACUGGCUGGCAGGCUCUUCUACUGGUGAGACUGUGUUGCUGCCAUGUCCAGGCGAAGCAGGAACAGUCGUGCAUGGCGAUAUGUUUGGGGUGGGAUACGACGGGAUGCUGACACCCGGGCACUUGAAGAAUGGAGCUAUGACCGCCUAGAGUACAGUGAUUCAGACUCAGAGGCAGACUUUUCAGCAGUGAUGGUCCCUCCAGUCCCCAGUGCAGUGCCUGUCACCGGAGAGUCCUACUGCGGCUGCGAUUCCCAGGCUGAGACCAACUACAACCCCCGACUUCGAGGUUUUCACCAAGUUAAAGACUGCCACUGUGGAGAGGAUGACCAAGAGUUUGAUUGGGUCUGGGAUGCCAGCAGCCGAUCGACAGCAACAUUACUGAGCUGUGACAAUCGCAAAGUGAACUUCCACUCUGAGUACAGCUGUGGCACAGCAGCAAUACGCGGCUCCAAAGAGCUGGCUGAAGGGCAGCACUUCUGGGAGAUCAAGAUGACGUCCCCGGUGUACGGAACAGACAUGAUGGUCGGCAUUGGUACUUCUGAUGUUAAUCUAGACAAAUACAGACACACGUUUUGCAGCUUGUUGGGAAAGGACGCAGACAGCUGGGGUCUGUCUUACACUGGCUUGUUGCAUCAUGAAGGAGACAAAAUGAACUUCUCCUCCCGGUUCGGACAGGGGUCCAUUAUCGGAGUCCACCUGGACACGUGGCACGGCACACUCACCUUCUUCAAAAAUCGCAAGUGUAUAGGUGUUGCUGCCACAGAGCUACAAAAUAAGAGGUUUUAUCCGAUGGCGUGCUCCACAGCAGCGAAGAGCAGCAUGAAGGUGAUCAGAUCCUGCUCCGUGCCCACCUCCCUGCUGUACCUUUGCUGCGCUCGCCUUCGCCAGCUGCUGCCGGACUGUAUAGACACCCUGGAUGUGUUGCCACUGCCGCCAGGCCUUCGCCAGUUGCUCCACAACAAACUGGGAUGGGUGCUCAGUCUCAAUAGUGGCACCACAGAAGAAACCUCAGAUGGACCUGAGCGCCCGUCACGUUUGCCCGUGCCCCCGCUGGCUGGACCGUCGUCCUCCGAGAGUGACUCAGAGGGGUGCACGUCUGACCCUGAAGCCUGUCAGAGGAAGAGAUGCCGCUGGACAUGACUGGACAGCUCAACUCCUACCUCCUCUUAAACACUGGCAGACGUUAAUGUCCUUUGGCAUCUAAUCUGGUGUUUCCUACCUGCCUCAAACUUUCCUCAGUGUUGUCCAGUAGUGAAGAAAAUCCCAGGAUCGGAGAGGUACGUAGAGGGAAAACUGUGAGGGCGGGAUUUCUGCCUGCACGCUUUUACUGUGAUCUUCUCUCAUGCCAUUCAGAAGUCUUCAUGCUCAUAACACAUCCAGUAUCUCAGCCGGCUUCAGUAAUAAGUGAAAGAUGUGGUGUUAUUUUGUUAGCAAACAUAAUUUGUUGCCAUUCAUGGAUGGGGAGUAAUGAAAUGGUGCAGGACUAUACAGUGUAACACUGAACUCAAGUAUGGCCAAAUUUUGGUGGUCAUCAUGUUAUAUUUGCAAAAAGGAGGUUUAAAAAUGAGAAACUAUAUUUUCUGUGUUUUCAAACUGUAUGCAAGUAAUGUAUAUUGUUUUCAACGUUAAUGCUAUCAGUGCAUUAUCGAAGGUAAUUUGUUUCCUGUUUUACUGGCUUCUGCAAUUUCCUGUUUGGUUGCCAAAGUGAGAAUCAGUGGGGAAACUGUGUCCCGUGAGUGAAACAGUGAGUGAGUCAACACGCCGUAGGUCAGAGUAUUCUUUAUUUCUUACCCUGAGGUUACAGCUCAAAGUAAAAACUUGUUUAGACAGAUGAAAUCCUUAAAGGUGUACUAUGCAGGCAUGGUCAGUUACAGUUUGUAAACAGUUGCCUACGACAGUGAAAGCAAACCCAGCUUUGUUUGCUGAGUGUUUUCACAGCUGUUGGGAGACGUUUACCUUGAGGGCUUUCUGCCAGAAAGGGAUUUCUUGUUUAAAGGAAUAUUUCACCCCCUAGUGACCAUUUGUAUUUGAUUUACUCACCCCGUGUUAUGUUGAGUAUGUGAAGAAAACGUUGUUUUUCUAGCAUGCAACCACAACGAACAAAGAGUCAAAAAAAGGCGAAACGUCUUGAUGAAUUUAAGUCAUAACUGUUUACAAACUCUCGCACAUCUCAUGCAGUAGAAUCCAAGUCUAUAGUCCAAGUUUAUCCAGUCAUAUGCUCAGUCCUUUCUGACAGGGAACUGAACUAAAAGUAAAACGUUUUUAUGCCGUCUGCAAAGCCAGACUCCAUUAAAAAAAAAAGUAAUUUUACCUCACUGGAAACAGGACGAACAGGAGCUGCUGGUCUACUGCUGCCUCGAUCAGUUAGUUUGUGUUGUUCUUUGACGUUGGUGAAUUCGAACUAACCAUUUAAAACACGGGUUUUUUUAAAUUUAGUUUAGCCAUUUUUAAAUGCAGCCCCUUUUACUUCAAUUCAUUACUAAUUUUAUCUGUUUUUGGCUUCUUAGUUCAUCAUGGAGGCAUGCAAGAAAAACAGAGUUUUCUUAAGGAAUUCAACAUAAUACGGGAUAACUUAUUGAUAUAUAAGUGAUCAUUUAGUGAGAAAAGUAUUCAUUUAAGGUUAGAAGAAAAUUGUAGUUUGGGUUAAAAUGAGAUUUCUCCCAGAAAUAUAUUUCUCCCAUUUGUGUUUCACCUCGCUAUAUUUGCGUUUUUUCUGCGCUGCGUCCGCGAUUUUCAUAGCUUCUUUUUGGAUGCCUGCUGCUUGGGGUCUGGCAACCAGUUGCUACCUUUUUAUAAAGUCCUGACCUCUCUUGUGCAAUUUGCCCUGAAACACCCUGAACACAGCAAAAUAAGAAGAAAUGAAGAAAAUGCUUAUUGUGGGUCAUACGUGAAGAUUAAGAGGGUUUACUUUUGUAUGUGUCUACUCAUUUUUAGGAAAAUCCUGCACAGUAUAUCUUUGAAAUGUUAGAAGGAGGUGAAUAUAACCUGAAUGUACUUUACAGCUUUUAGUCCUCCAAAAAUGAAAAUAUUCCUUGUUGUCUUCAUAGAAAAGCCAUCACCUCCAAACAGCUCACACACCCGUCAGUCCUCAUCAGAUAAUGUGUGUUUCUUGAGAAACUUGAGAAGAAAAAAACAUUAGAAGUCAAAUAUUUAUUUAUUGCAACGUCCAUCUGUCACCAGCCUUUAAAGUCUCCUGUUGAAAUAUUAUGCUACUUGUUUGUAGAAACUGUGGAUGAACUCUUUCCUAAAAAAAAGUGUAAGCAGUAUACAUUGUUAUUUAGUGUAGCUCUUUUAAAUCUGAUCACGAGACAAGUACUCAGAAGAAACUGCCGCACAUUUAAAGUACCUUUUCAUCGCUUCUACACCUUAUUUUAUAAAACUUUUUAAAAGAUUUGUUUAUUUGAUUCACAAAAUAUGAGAUUAUGAGCAGUUUUAACAUUUUUUUGUACUAAUUUGUUUAUGAAAGUGCGUUAUUUUGAUUUUCCAAAGGCCUUUUCCCAUCACUGACUUUACCAACUCCUCUGUAGGUCAUACUCUCUAAAUACUUUUAUUAUCAAACUCUCAAUCCCCGCUGGACUAAAAAGCGGCUGUAAAAGUUCUUUGUUACUGAAUAAAGUCAAACACUGACUGUAGUUAGCUUGAAUAUAGAAAAUGAGACUCAAAAUAUUAUAGAAGCUUCUUGUACUGUUUCUGCAGCAUUAGAUUCCUCUCUGUGCUGAGUGCGUCUCUAACUGUUAUCAUUUUUAAAAUGUGUCUAAAAACACAGUUUGAGCAACACGCUCAACAUUUAUGCACCUUUUACUGAACUGUGGACAAGGUUGUUUAAGUUUUUAUUUUGUUUCCUCAAGCUGGGGGGAGUCUUCCACCUUCAGCACCCUUCAGUGUCACGUGUAGAGGGAAUAAGUUUUGGUAAUAGUGGUGUUUGUGGUGGUUGAAGGAAAUUUUCUUUUUUUUUUUUGCCAUCAAAUCUUCUUGGAUGUGUUGACAAUUUUCUCAGACUUCUUUUGUUUAUUUUAUUUUAUUUUUCUAAGAUUAAAAUCUUUUUAAAUUAACAUGUUGAGCCUAUAAACUAACAGUAGGGAGGUGGAUCGUGCUGCAGAAGAAUUUUGCAACGUUUCUGCGGAUGUUUUGAUGCUCAUUUUCUGCCGAAAUACAAACAUUUUACAACCACCUUUUAAGCCUUUAGGGACUGAGUGGUGUUAGAAUGAAUUUAAUAUUAUCUGAUUAUUGAUAAAGAAUGACUGAGAACGGUAACGUUAACCGUGGGUCAGAUAUUUAAAUAAUUGUUAUUUUUAGUUUAUUUAAAGUAUUAAAUCAUCAAUAUGAAGUAGUUUGGCCCAGAUUUUGAAGCUACAGUCUGCCACCUGCUGCCUCAGUCUGUGAUCAUGUUCACGCCUCAAGGGUUUAAGUAGAUGUACACAAAGAUUUAAGGUACUAUGCAACACAAGCAUCUAAUGUGAUAAUGGUUUUUAGAAGGAGUGUGUGUUUAAGCAUGUCGUUAUGGAGGCACUGACACAACGUCAGUGAAGGAACCAGAGGAUCGUGAUCUUUAGUCAUGAGUAGUGUGACAUGACACACUUAAUCCUGUCUAGUUGUGUAACAAUUAAUCAGAUUUAUCCCUUUAGAUCUCGUAAUGUAACCACCGAGAGGUUAGUUGUUGUCCAGCAGGUGUAUUUUUUUGUCUUAUUUCACGAUAUUUGUCUUCACAUUGAUGCAUCCAAGCACUUUUUCUUACUGUUGUACUGUAAAUAGGAAAAUUCUAAGUGUUUCUUCUAUGUCCUAUUAACAAUACUGUAUGUGAGGGCCUUUACUCGCCUUUUUCUGUAUAACUUAUCAGCAUGAUUUUCAGCUGAAAAUAAAAUGAAUGCUAAAUAUG